UUCGGGGCCAUCCUUAAUUUUUUGCAGAUUGGAAAAAGCGUAGGAAGAUCAAAGGGACCGUGCGUUCAAAAUGGUUGCUUUACAGUACUUCUAUCGCCAUCCUCACGGUGUAAUAAAUGGGCUCACGUGUAUGGCUCGCUUUAGUGACACGAGAAAAAAAUAAAUAAAUUUCGAACCAAGGAAUAUGUAAAGCGCCAGUCGACGAUGCAGGAUAAUAAAUGGCCUUCUUCAUUGACUGAAUCUGAGUGUGCAAUGCAGUCAAGUUAUUCUUAUCACAGCGAUUACACGGCUCACUCCACGGCUGCCAAUAGUCCAGCCCCAUCUUCUCAGGUCCCGCUCGCCAUGCCCGGGUUAAUGUCCCUUUCUCAACCGGGAACGCCGCGCCCCGAGAGACUGGCUCCAGCGUCAUCAGCAGACAAACUGGCCGAGUCAUCUCCUGAUUUCGCUCGACAACGGCAUUCCUUGCCACCGCGAGCUUCCAGUUUCACUACAACAACGUUUCAGUCCAAUCCGUAUCCAGGGCCCGGGACCAUUCGGCGAAGAAGAACCGAGUCUACCAUGUUCUCUUUUGAAGCCGGACCCUCGUUUUCGCCUACCAAGCAGUUGCUCGAAGUAUGGGCCGAUCAAUCUAACAAGUAUCAAUUUCAAAUCCACGUCAAAAUGGAUCGAGGAUUCUUUCGUGCCGAUCAAGAUUGGACUUGUUAUCGACGCAAUUACUUUCAAGUGAGCGCGGCAUUUGAUAUCCACGGGUCCAAUUAUCCUUUGCAGGGACCUGAAGUACCAUGUUUGGUGAGAACCGAAGAUCAGGGAAUUCGUCAAGUGGAUUUCUUCUCCAUUGGCGUCAUGGCCAGAGUCGCAGGUAGUGAUAAGAAGAUUGAUCUUGUUCAACAUACACCCAAACGUGAUAAAGGACCCCAAAUGGUUCCCAUGCCUUGCGCUGUUCGUCCCGGUGGCAACCCCCAUCUAGCUUCGGUGGGACCACACCAAAACAUCGUCACUUUUGAACGCAUGCAAUUCAAGACCGCUACCGCAAAUAAUGGCAAACGACGAGCAGCGCAACAGUAUUAUGAAGUGGCCAUUGAUCUGUUCGCUUACACGGCGACAGGUGAACAGCUCCGUGUCGCCACUUGUACUUCUGCUCCUCUCGUAGUGCGCGGUCGCAGCCCGGGUCAUUAUGCGGACUCGCACACCCAUUAUCGUAAUAUGGACACCGCCUUACCAACGCCGCCUGUUGGGGUAGGAUUGCCACCUUUUGUGUCGCCUCCGACUCCCAUGUCCGCCGAUGAUCGCGAGCGAUUCAUGAGCCUUCCAGCCUCACCCGCAGGAACGUUUGGGCCAUACCCUCCUUACCAUGGAUACCCUUCUUAUGCUUUGACCAGCAACUAUCCCAUGAUGUCCGGACCUCGUCCUGAUGAACCUUCUCCUGCCGAACUGCGUGGACCGCAUGACAAUGAUGGUUACAUGAUGCACCCUUACCCUUCCACGCACCCUAUUCCUUCGCCAUCCCUAGUACAGAGUCACGGGAUGUCGCCUUAUUACCCGCCUUCUUCCUCUUCUUCACAGCAAGCGCUUGAACAAGGAGGAAGACUUGACAUGGGACCACGACCAGUGUAUUACCAACAACCACCUCGAUCGGAACCAUAUCAAGGUGAACGUACCAGCAUACCUAAUACGACUGCCACUACGCCUACAGCUACAGCUCCCAGUAUGUACGAUUAUCCUCCCUCGGAUCCUUUGAAACCCAAGCAUGGAGACGGUGAAAACGAACGUCAGCAGCAACAGCAGCAACAGCAGCAACAGCAGGAACAGCAGCAGCAACCACCCCUACAAUGGGCCAACGGUCGUUCACCUCAAUUAACGCCACAGGAUCCUUCGAUGCGAUACCCCGAUGUGUCCUAUCCAUCGCCUUACGGACGAUCUUACGCUGAUAAUUACGAGACUCCUUCCGUUGACGCUGGUCGUUCAAUGACCUUUGACAGACGCUACGUGCCUGGAGCUACUCCCACCACUUCUUCGUUGACUGGCGAUCGUGACCAUGACGUUGACCGAAACAUGAUGGCCAUGCCAUUCAUGCCUAAACCCAAUUAAAAAAUUAGAUGGUCUCCCUCAAGUGUCUCGCUGAUCAGCUUUUACUGAACAGUUUGCCGUUUUUUUUAAUUUAUUUUAUUCGAUUUGUCUUUUUUAUUUUUUAUGUGUUUUUGUACACUAUUGAUAACCUUUUAUGAGUCACUUUUUAUAUUUAUAUUCCUUUAUUUGUGUGAUUGUUAUGCAAAUUUUAUGAUUCCUUUUCUGUUAUUCUUCGUUCCUUGUUGUCCUCCCAAAAAUAAGACCCGCCGGCCCCGUCAAAAAUUAAAAAAAAAAGAGAAUUCUUUAAAACAAAAA